AUGAGGGACCCAACUGCAGAUAUGGAAGAAACCUCCCAACACCCGGCGACCAACGGGGCGCCCGAACCCCGCCGCCCUACCAAGUCCGUUCGAGUCGCGUUUGGACCCGAGCUAGAAACAACCAUUCCCACACGCGAACGCUCGCCCGCUCCAUUGAGCAGUCACCAUCGUUCAUUCACUACGGUGGAGCAGAUGUCCUCGUCGUUGGCCCCGCCUGCUCGUCCCACGAGCUCCGGGGGAGAGAAUGCAGUGAUAUCACCGGACGAGCCACCUCGGCGCCCUUCUCCUCGCAGAUCGGAGAGCAGCCGACCAGCCAUGCUGAAACGAGCAAGGAGUGACUAUGGCCCUCAGCGUGUUACAUUCGACAAAUCGCCAGGCGAGGAUGAGGAAGACUUCGCCAUGCGCCAUGGUUGGCAGGAGGAAUACACCUCCAGCGAAUAUCUCAAGAUUCUACACUCGAACUUCUAUAUGUAUUUCACCGAGAAACGUCACGAGACCAACGGUAUCGCGCGCAACCCGGACGGAAGCUGGCCAACUCAGGAAUGGCGUAUGAAAGACAGGCUUAAGACAGUCUCUGCAGCUCUUGCAAUUUGUCUGAACAUCGGUGUUGACCCCCCAGAUGUGGUCAAAACCAAUCCGAGUUCAAAGCUCGAAUGUUGGGUCGAUCCCACCUCGACCACGGGUGGCGGCCAGAACAAGAUCAUGGAACAGAUCGGCAAGAAGUUGCAGGAGCAAUACGAGACGUUGAGUCUUCGCACGAGAUAUAAGCAAUAUCUGGAUCCAUCGGUGGAUGAGACCAAGAAGUUCUGUAUGUCUUUGCGACGGAACGCCAAGGAUGAACGAGUCCUGCUACAUUACAAUGGUCACGGAGUGCCGUUGCCUACCCAGUCCGGUGAAAUCUGGGUUUUCAACAAGAACUACACCCAGUACAUCCCCGUGCCCCUCUAUGACCUGCAGUCAUGGCUGGCUGGCCCCAGUCUUUUCGUUUUCGACGUAUCACACGCAGGAAAUAUUGUUCAGAACUUCCAUACGUUUGUGGAGAAGCACGAGAAAGAGAAUGCGGAGGCAAAGAAACGUGACCCCAAUGCCAUUGUACAAAACUAUGGCGAUUGCAUUCUUCUCGCAGCUUGCCAAAAGAACGAGUCUCUUCCAACGAACCCCGACCUACCUGCCGAUCUCUUCACAUGUUGUCUCACCACUCCGAUUGAGAUCGCUCUGCGUUUCUUCGUUCUGCAGAAUCCGCUGCGGACUAAUAUCUCCAUCGACGAUUUCCGAGUCCCAGGUCGCCUCCAGGAUCGCCGCAGCCCACUGGGAGAGCUCAAUUGGAUCUUCACAGCGAUCACCGAUACAAUUGCUUGGAACACGCUGCCCCGCGCUCUGUUCAAGAAGCUUUUCCGACAGGAUCUGAUGGUUGCUGCACUGUUCCGCAAUUUCCUACUUAGUGAGCGUAUCAUGCGCACGUACAAAUGUCAUCCCAUCUCCUCACCAGAGCUCCCCGGGACUCACCAGCAUCCGCUCUGGAAGAGCUGGGAUCUCGCCGUGGAGAUGGUGCUCUCGCAGCUGCCUGCUCUUAUUGAUCAUGAAGAGGGCCGCCGACAGUACGAGUAUCAGCAUUCCACAUUCUUCGCCGAGCAACUCACUGCGUUCGAGGUUUACCUCUCGUCUGGUCCUACAGAGAAGAACCCACCGGAUCAACUGCCUAUUGUCUUGCAGGUCCUUCUUAGUCAGGCUCAUCGACUGCGUGCACUGAUCUUGCUGAGCAAAUUCCUGGAUUUGGGCCCAUGGGCUGUCCACCUGGCUUUAAGCAUAGGAAUCUUCCCAUACGUCGUCAAGCUGUUGCAGUCGGCUGCUCAAGAAUUGAAACCCGUCAUGGUUUUCAUUUGGGCCCGCAUAAUGGCCGUGGAUAAUGGGGUCCAGGUGGAUCUGCUAAAGGACAAUGGGAUUCACUAUUUCAUCUCGAUUCUUAACCCCUCUUCUCCCAUUCCCGUUGGAAAUGCCAGCGAGCACCGCGCCAUGUGUGCCUUUAUUGUUUCCAUAUUUUGCAGAAACUAUCCUCAAGGCCAGAACGUGUGCCUCUCCGCUGAUUUAUUCGACUCGUGCUUAAGCCAUCUCGGCGACGUUGAAAAUCCCUUGCUUCGUCAGUGGUCAUGCCUGUGCCUGAGCAUGCUUUGGCGUGACUUUCCGGAAGCAAAGUGGAUGGGAAUUCGAUGUGCAGCUCCCACCCGACUUUGUGAAUUGAACUUUGAUCCAGUUCCGGAAGUUCGCGCUGCUAUGCUUCAUGCAGUGACAACAUUCAUUGGCAUUCCCGACUUGACCGACCAAGUUGCCCAGAUCGAGGAGGCAUUGGCUUUGUCGGUCUUGCCCAUGGCGGCCGACGGGAGCGUGCUUGUCCGCAAGGAACUCGCCGUAUUUUUCUCAACAUUCGUCAAGCGCCAUCAGAAUAAGUUUGUGGUGGCUGCUUAUGAAGAAUUGCAAGAUGAGAAACGAUCCCUGAUGCACCGUCUUCGAAAGGAAGGCUCAAACACCAGCCGCAUCGAGGCUCAGGACGGCGAGAUUAUCACGGACGCCAAGCAAACCCAAUUGUCUCGGAACACAACAUUUGGGACAAUCUGGAAGCAGGUUCUCAUCUUGUCCGUUGAUCCGCAUCCUGACAUUGCCCAGGAUGCCGGUAUCAUCGUUGACUACAUUCACCUGGCCCUUUUGGAGUCACCCAUGUCGACUCUUGCUGACAGAAUCAGAAUCGAGAUCCUCGAUCUCACAAGCCGUAUGUCACAACGGAUCCAGAUACAGGAACGAUCGGAGAAGUCAGCACCGCCCUCAACGCCCCCGUCAUUAACAACAGUGCCCUCCAAACAAGAAGGAUACCUUUCGUUAGGGUUUAGGCGUACCGCCAGUGUUGCCGCUUCUCUAAAGAACCUAGCCUUCGGCGGCUCCACAACUGAUUCAUCAGAGAAUUCAACUCCUCCCUCACCCACCUCUAAGAGUCGAAUGCCCAUGACACCCCGCGGUCGUGCACCCCCCGAAUGGACACGUCCCCCAGAAGUCAACGACCACGUCGCUCCGGCAACAGCUUAUCACCAAGCUCCUACUCCCACGUCUCGGGGAUUCAUUCCUAGGAACCCAGAGGAGGCACCAUUUAUUCCGUUGAAGAGCCAUUUCCUAUCCUGGUCGACAGAGGUAAUCCCAUCUUUUAUUUACCCAUCCAUUACCCAUGAGGAGGCCCUGAAACUUAAACCCGACUCUGUGCUUACCCUCGAAAAGUAUUUCCGCGAGCCCCAGAUGAAACCCAACGAGCCCGAUGAGCCCGGUAGUUCCGAUUACAAUGAGAGACUUUGGCGACGCGGCCGCAACGAGAAGAUCAUCUCCGAGACACAGCCGCUCAAGGGUAAGGCCGGCACAAGCCGGUGGGAUAAUUCGAUCACUCUCCUCUCGAACAGCAGUCAGCCAUUGAAGAUGUGCUUCCAUCAAUUCGAGGAUCAUCUUGCUGUUGCAGAUGACCGGGAUACUGUUGCAAUCUGGGAUUGGCAGAACCACAAACGGCUCAACCAGUUCUCGAAUGGCAACCCUGUGGGAUCGAAGAUCAAUGAAGUCCGCUACAUCAACGAGGAUGAUCAAGCCCUUCUCUUGACUGGUUCGUCUGAUGGUGUGCUCAAGCUGUUCCGACACUACGAGUCGGCGAGGAACAUUGAGAUUGUGACAGCUUUCCGCGCUCUUCCUGAACUCAUCCCAAGCAAUCGUAAUGCAGGCCUCGUGCUUGACUGGCAACAGGGACAAGGAAAAGCUUUGGUUGCAGGAGACGUGAAGGUGAUUCGGGUGUGGAACGCAGCUACCGAAGUGUGCACCAAUGAUAUCCCCGCGCGCUCCGGCUCCUGCAUCACAUCUUUGACAUCCGACCAAGUUGCUGGCAAUAUCUUCGUCGCGGGCUUCGGUGAUGGCGCCGUCCGCGUCUUCGACCAGCGUCUCAAGCCAACUACAUCCAUGGUCAAGGUUUGGCGUGAGCAUAAGCAGUGGAUCACCAAUGUCCACAUGCAACGGGGCGGCUUGCGAGAGCUCAUUUCAGGCAGCCGUAACGGCGAGAUCCGACUCUGGGAUCUCCGCAUGAAUGGCGCGCUUUCUACCAUCUCUGCUACCAAGGACACUCUUCGCACCCUGAGCGUCCACGAACACGCCCCUGUCUUCAGCAUGGGAACCAACCGUCACGAAGUCAAGACUUACAAUGUUGACGGCACAUACCUCUCCACCUUCGAGCCCUACUCGAGCUUCCUCCACCACAACCGCUCUUCCCCCAUCGCCGGCACGGCUUUCCACCCGCACCGCACCAUGCUUGCAUGCGCGGCCCUGAACGACCACCAUAUUAACCUCGUGUCUUGCUAG